AUGAAGUUAAACUUUAAGUUUACGAAUUUAUUUGGGACAGCAUAUAAAUGUGGCAACUUGUCCUACACCAAUAAUGGUUCAUGCUUGCUAAGUUCAGUUGGGAAUCAAGUGACCAUCUUUCAUCUACUAAGAGAUGAAGCUCGAACUAUUGCUGUCAACAGUCAUUUCAACAUUGAGCACAUCGCAUUAUCCCCUAUAUUACCCAUCUUAUUCACCGUCGAUUGCAAUGGCGGAGGAUCACUUGUAUCCAUGCUUACUGGGAAUGUUAUUACGACCUACAAUUUCCGACAUCCUGUCUCGGCCGCCUGCUUUAGUCCGGACGGAAAAUAUCUCGCCGUUUCCAAAAACCAUUGUAUUAUGGUCUUCUUAGCUCCAGAACCCUCUCGCAGUGUCAAUUCAUUGGAGCUUUACAGAUUCCUUUACGGAUUUCAGGACAAAAUCAAAAAUAUUGAUUGGUCAUCGGAUUCUAAAUUUAUAAUUGCCGGCAGUGAUGACAUGACCGCACGCGUCCUUGCUGUUAAACGUACCCCUAAACUGAUAAUUUACACUCUGUCGGGCCACAAAGCGCCUGUCUAUGCUGCAUUCGUUGCGGAUGAAAGUCUGGAUUGUGUAACCGUCAGUGUCGACGGUGAAGUACGAUUGUGGGAAUGUGACACAAUGCCUCGCGAUCUUCAUAACACACCUUCACUAGAGACGAAAAAAGCGUUCACUUACCGCAAUUCCUUAUCCCAGAGGAUUAAUGAAACAAUAACGACCGUCAAAUUUCACAGGAAACUGAAAAUGAUCGUCACAGCUUUUGAAAGCGGCAUUGUUAUGUUACAUCAGCUGCCGGAGUUCAUUUUAAUUGACAAAGCGAAGCUCAUGGCCGACCCAGUGAGCGCCGUUGCCAUCAAUCCCUCAGGCGACUGGAUUGCGGUGGGUUCCGAGGAGCACGGCCAGCUCGCUGUCUGGGAAUGGCGUUCCAAAUCAUGCCACCUUCGUCUGUCGUCGCAUGCAAAUGAGAUGACCGGUGUCACCUUCUCUCCAGAUGGCCUCCUCUUAGCAACUGCUGGCCGCGAUGCCAAAGUCAAAAUUUGGCAGGUGGCUAGUGGACGGGCGCUGGUAACAUUUUCAGAUCAUCAGGCGCCUGUCACACAGGUCGCCUUUCCUGCCACAAAGCCAAAAGUUGUAAUCUCAAGCAGCCUCGAUGGUACCGUUCGGGCGUUCGAUCUCACCAGGUACGAUUUAAAAAACUUAAGUUACUAA